ACAACCCAACCCCCCAACCCAACCCACACACAAGCAUAUAUGAAAUAACAAUAUGGAGAAAUAAUGCCAUGGACCCAAAAAAAAACGCAUUAGCAUAUGCUACAUGUUUCUCUGAAACACCCCACCUCAGCGCAAAGAUAAUGCCAAAAGGCCAAGCCACCUAGCCAAUCACUCACUAGUCAUCGCCAUCUCCCAUCCCUAACCACUCUCUCCUUUCCAGCCAGUAGAGAACAAAAUCCAUGACCUUCUUCUAGAUCCCAUAUAUUUUUUUCUUCUAAAAUAAACGGGAAAAAAACCGAGCAAGAAAUAAUAAUAGGAAUAGGAUAGAGGAGACUCCAUUCCUGGCCUUCCCCUUCCUCCCUGUUCGGCUUGCUCGUCCAGUCCACCCACGAUAAGCCAAGUCAUCCACCCCACUCCCUGCCUACCAGGAGCCAAGUCAUCCACCCCCUCCCCCGACGAGGCAGGCAGGGACAGGGCACCACGCCAUUCUCGCGCGAGGAGAGGGCACAGGAAAGAAAAAGAAAAAAAUCACCUCCUUCAACCUCUCCCCCUCCUCCACCGAAAUCAUCCUCCAGAAUCUCCCGAUCUUUACUCCGCCCAAAGAUCCUAUACACGCGCGGCUAUUUGUAGCGUCUGCCCUGCCCUGCCCGGCCUCGUGGAAAGGCGCUCCGCUCUUGGCUCUCCCCACCUGCGGGCGGGGGCUGUUGGUUCGGGGGGGAGGCAGUCAAAUCCGCCUGCGGCUGAAUCGGGGGAGAGGGCCCGCAUGGCGGAGGAGGACAGGCAGCGGCGGUGGCGGCGGCGGCGGUUCGCGAACCUGCGCAGCGUCCGGUGGCGGAUCGAUCUCGGCAUCCUGCCGGCGUCGCCCGGGGCCUCCGUCGACGAGCUCCGCCGCGCCGCCGCGGAUUCGCGGAGGAGGUAUGUUAGUUUGAGGCGCCGCCUUAUGGUAGACCCGCAUCUUCCAAAGGAGGAGGACAGAUCAUCCAACCUUGUUGUUGACAACCCGCUCUCUCAGAACCCAGAUAGCAGCUGGGGCCGCUUCUUUAGAGGGGCUGAGUUGGAGAAGACAGUUGACCAAGACCUGUCUCGAUUAUAUCCAGAAGAUGGUAGUUACUUUCAAACGCCUAGUUGCCAGGCCAUGCUCAGGAGAAUACUGUUGAUGUGGUGCCUUCAGCACCCAGAGUGUGGAUAUCGCCAAGGAAUGCACGAACUACUAGCUCCUCUAGUGUAUGUUCUUCAAGUUGACAUUGAUAAACUAUCUCAAGUAAGGAAGCUCCAUGAGGAUUGCUUCAAUGAUGAUUUUGAUGGAGUGGCUUUCCCAGAUACAGAUAUGCUUUUCAGUUAUAAACCUAGAAAGGACUCAAACUGGCAUUCCAGGGCUGACAAUGGCGAUGAUUCUGAAAGCGCUUCCAGAGUUAACACUCUUGAUGAGCUUGACCUGGAUACGAAGGAAAUAAUUUCACUUAGUGAUGCAUAUGGAGCCGAGGGUGAACUAGGCAUUGUAUUGUCUGAAAGGUUCAUGGAACAUGAUGCUUAUUCAAUGUUUGAUGGUUUGAUGGACGGAGGUAGUGGAGUGGUCUGCAUGGCAGAGUUUUUCUCUACAUCCAAGGUUGGAUCUAGCUCAAGUCUAGCACCUGUCAUUGAAGCCUCAGCAUCUUUAUUUCAUUUGCUUUCCAUUGUUGAGCCAUCUCUUCAUAGCCAUUUCAUUGAGCUGGAUGUAGAACCGCAGUAUUUCGCUCUUCGUUGGCUGCGAGUCUUGUUUGGACGAGAGUUCUGCCUCGACGAUCUUUUAGUUGUAUGGGAUGAAGUUUUUGCUUGCUCCAAUGAUAUGCUACUUAGAGAAAAUGAAGAAUGCAACUUUAAGAUAUUGUGCUCAUCUAGAGGGGCAUUCAUCGCAGCCAUGGCGGUCUCUAUGAUUCUUCACCUUAGAUCAUCUCUACUAGCCACUGAAAUCAAUACGUUAUGUCUUCAGAGGUUAUUGAAUUUUCCAAACAACGUUGAUGUGCAUAAGUUAAUUGAGAAAGCUAAAUCUCUACAGUCUACUGCUAUUGAUGCGAAUACAUUAUCCCCAUCUCUUUUAUCAAAGAAGGAUAGCUGUGAUUAUGAUAGAGUUUAUAGUAAUCUUGCUACUUCAACUCCUCCAAGGACUCCGUUGCAUCCAUUAGCUGAGAGUUACUGGGAAGAGCAGUGGAGAAACCUGCAUAAUGACGGAACUGCUCUUAAGGAGAGUGAUAAUAAGGGUCUUUCUUAUAAGAGAUCAUUAAAGCAAUCUUUGAGUCAGAGGCUUGGUUUAUCUAGGACAGAGUCAGAUCCUUCUCCAGUUAAGGUAGUCAGUGUGAAUAAUGACGCGAGGAAUUCAGUGAGACGGUGUCUUCUAAACUCUUAUUCAGAUAAAGUAGUACAAUCCAAUGAAGUUAUUGGAAAAUUUGAGCAAGAUAAAUUUCCUAUCGUGUCGAUUCACAAGGAGACUAUUUUGAGUUCUGAAAGGUCUUCACAGCUAAAGCUAAAGGCGGCUAGUGAGAAUUUAACAGUAAGUCCACCACCAAGUGUGGCGAAGUUCAAUCCACUUAUAGAUUCACCGGUGAAGCCUGCUGACGAGAGUUCAGCGAAAAGGACAGAAGAUUGUUCCAGUGGUGAAAAUUCUCCAGUGUUUUAUACAGCUAGGGCUGGUAAUGAACAUGAGAAUUGUCAUGAUAAUGAUUCCGAGAAGAGCAGUAUUACUUCAAAUUCAUGCGCCGGUGAUGAUUAUAGAGACGAAGUCUUGCCAGACGAGUCGUCCAGCUGUAACUGCGAGGAUAAAACCGUCUCAGAAGCAAUAGAGUCUGGAGCAAAUGUAGGUCAAACUAGACCCUUGGAGAAAACCAUGGUACCUAAUGAAAGAAAGCCAUUUAUUAACAAGCUGCAGUGGCUGUUGAGGUUUGGCAGACCAUCAGCUGAAGGCAAUGUGGUGGAGAAGGGCAGUGGUCAGGCAUCAUCGGAUGGUAAACAUGACGCGGUUCCUCCCUGCCCUUCACCUGCUGAUGCGAGUUCAGAUAACUCUUGCAGCGGCAUAAAUUUGGCUUAUGGCGAUAAUAAGAAGGUGAUGGGCACGCUGAAGAAUAUCGGGCAGAACAUGCUCGAAAACAUCCAGGUGAUCGAAACGGCGUUCCAGCAGGACCGCGCGCAGCCCAGCGCCAUGGAGAACUUGUCGAACAACAUCCUGGGAGGCAAAGGGCAGGUCACCGCGAUGGCUGCCCUGACAGAGCUCCGCAAGAUCAGCAACCUGCUGCGCGAGAUGUGACCCAUCCAAGGCGUGUGCAGGCUCCUCCUCCCCCAUUCUCACCCCCCCCCCCCCCCCCCCCCCACAAAUCAUUAGCUCCUCAGAAUCAGAUAAGCAAGGCCUCCGUAGUUGAAGCCCAGGCACCUAGCCACCCCCCAAACCCCCCUUGUAUAUAUAGACCCCAUUCGAUUAUUCCAUUGAGCCUCUGCUCGGCAGGUAUGCUAAGGCUCUCGUUCUUUUUCUUUCUUUCUUGUAACUAAGGAUUGGUCAGCUGCUGUCAACUGAGUUGCGGGAGGUGAGGGAGUAAAAAACUCUCUUGUCUCCUGCGUUAGGAGCAACUUUUUGAUGGAACAAUUUUGGACGCGAAAAUGUCUCUCGAGGUUCAGUAAAUAAAUGGAAUAAGCUAUGUCGAAAGCGCGUAUCUGUUUUUUUUAA